AUGGCUCUCGAAGAUCGAUUUGAGGUUCUCAAGGAGAUUGGCGAUGGUAGUUUUGGCAGCGUCGUUCUCGCCAGAGUCCGUAGCGCAGGUGCUAGCGUGGCUCGUCGCGGUACGGUGGUCGCCAUCAAAACCAUGAAGAAGACCUUCGAGUCUUUCACCCCAUGCUUAGAGCUUCGUGAGGUCGUCUUCUUGAAGACCCUUCCUCACCACGCUCACCUUGUUCCCGCACUUGACAUUUUCCUCGACCCUUACAGCAAGAAGCUGCACAUUGCCAUGGAGUACAUGGAGGGUAACCUGUACCAAUUGAUGAAGGCUCGCGACCACAAGUGUCUCGACAACGCCAGUGUCAAGAGCAUUCUUUUCCAGAUUAUGCAGGGUCUUGAGCACAUCCACGCCCACCACUUUUUCCAUCGCGACAUCAAGCCCGAGAACAUUCUGGUGUCCACUUCUUCUCACCAAGACACCGUCGGUUCCUUCCGCAGGUAUUCCGCCCUCGUCACGCCUCCCUCCACUCCCCCGAACUACACCGUCAAGAUUGCCGACUUUGGUCUUGCCCGCGAAACCCACUCCAAGCUGCCCUACACGACGUACGUUUCGACGAGAUGGUACCGUGCCCCCGAAGUGCUCCUGCGUGCCGGCGAGUACUCGGCACCCGUCGACAUUUGGGCAGUCGGCGCCAUGGCCGUUGAGAUCGCCACAUUGAAGCCUCUCUUCCCUGGUGGUAACGAAGUCGAUCAGGUUUGGAGAGUGUGUGAAAUUAUGGGUAGCCCCGGAAACUGGUACAACAAGCAGGGAGCUCGUGUCGGCGGCGGUGAGUGGAGAGAAGGUACCAGACUGGCCGGCAAGUUGGGUUUCUCAUUCCCUAAGAUGGCACCCCACGCCAUGGACACGAUCUUGCAGGCGCCGCAGUGGCCUGCUUCCCUGAGCCAUUUCGUUACGUGGUGCUUGAUGUGGGAUCCCAAGACGCGCCCGACAUCAACACAGGCCAUUGCCCACGAGUACUUCGUUGACGCCGUUGACCCUCUGCGGCCCAAGUCAUCCGCCUCGAGAAUCCUCGGUCGCAAGCAAUCCGACAUCAGCCGCGGCAAGGACUCGAACUCGUCGACUCCCACGGCUUCUAAGCCGUCGUGGUUCAGAAAGUCGCUCAUCGGUCGCUCAGAGAGUGCAGAAGUUGCCGUCGCUCAAACGGUUUCCAAGGACUCAACCCCGAGACCCUCCCCCGUACCCUCGCAGACAACCAACGAAGUUCCCGUUGCCAAGACCCGCCCUGCUCAGUCCAAGCGCACGACCUGGACAAAUGGCCCGUCGAACGUUGCCCCCAUGCCGAUACUGCCCACGAUCCGCCCGAUCUCCCCUCUCUCCGAUGCCGUUACUGCCCAGGCCAGCAACGGAUACAACGACUCGUACGCCAACGGCAACCAACGCCACCUCCAGGCUGAGGAGAAGAAGAAGAUUGGCAGGCAGUUGUCGGUUGCGUCCAGCACUAACCAUUACGCCGAAAUCCACCGUCAGCAAGCUGAGCGCGCCCUGAACGGCAACGGCGGUCUCGCCUCACCCCCCAACGGCCAUAAGGAGAGCUUCUUCUCCCACCUCAGGAAACGUGCCCGCCGCUUUUCUGGUCGUCACCAGGCCCCCAUGUCUCCGAACUCCGAUGAUGUCGAGGCUCAAGCCGGCUGUGGUCCCUGGAACAGCAACAGGUCAUCCAUGGUGAUUGACAACACGCCCACUCCCCCGCCGAAGCCCGCCGAAAUCUACGAGCCGCUCGACAAGGCUUUGAGAGAGGUUCAGCAAAACCGCGACCACGCGCCCGUUCCCCCUGCACACCUGAUCACUCCCAACAGCACCCUGAAGAGGCACCACUCACUGCCGCAGCACCAGCCGCGCUCUGUGGACAACCUCAUGGGUGCUGCUCGUGGAACCGGCCCCAUCUCCAGUCGCACGCGCAGGUCACAGGCGGUUCAAGGCGUCCAGCACUACGACGCGCCCGAUGAGGAGGACGAGUUGCUGGACGAGGUUCUGAACUCAACACACCGAGCCAUGAAGCGCCUCGAGAAGGACGGAAAGCCACACAUGGCCAACAACCUCGCGAUGGCAAACCCGUACCCCACUCCGUCACCUUCAGCCAACGGCAACGGCGUUCUCUUCGGUGAGAACCACGAGGCAGUCACCCCCAAACCACUGGACCUGAAGAAGUCACACGGCGCUGAGAGCCAGUACAAGUGGCCCACGCCUCCGUAUGAGGAAAGCGAAUGGGCUGCUUCGGCAUCGGCAAGCAUCUGGGCUGCCAGCAACCGAUUUUAG